AUGGUUGGAAUCAAGAACAUGCCGAAGGCUCAAGAUCCCUCUGGCCUCCAAGCCUUCCUCUCCUUCUAUGGCUCCUGCCCCUCCGUCUCCCCCGUCUCCAGCCCUUCCAACCUCAUCUCCGACUUCACUGCUCUGCAGCAAGCUUUCCCGGACACAUCGUUCGUGGAAGACUGGGAGGAGCUGGAGGCAGCUGCGUUUGCAGACAAAUACUUCCCAUGGGACACGAUUGCGCGCUGUACUCAACACUCAAAUAUGAUCGAUCUGAGAAAGAAAGAAACUGAAUUCCGCAUCACACAAUAA